GGGUCCUUUACCCAAAUGCACUUGGUUUUUCGAAGGAGCUGGAGCUGCGGGUUAAAUAUCUUAGAGCUGCUUUCAUCAAAUCUUCAAUUAAAUAUCAGAUCUCCUUAAUAGCUUAUGGAGAAAGUAGAGAAGAAAAGGUAUGGGGAUAAAGAAUCUGAUGAUGAGAGGGAUGUUAGGAUUGCCAGAAGGCGAGAGAGUGAUGAUGAUGUUGAGGAUAAAGAUAGGAGGUUGCCCAGACGAAGAACUGAACGUGGAAAUAGGGAUGAUAACAGUGAUGAUGAAAGGGGCGAUUCGAGGCGUAAAAGGCGGAAUGAACGUGAAGAUGGUGCUGAAAGGAGGGUGGUGGAGAGGAGGCGAAAAGAUGAACUUAAGGACAGUGAUGACGAAAGGGAUGAAAGGAGGGAUAGGAGGAGAAAAAAUGAACCCCGAGUUGAUGAUGAUAAUGAUGAUGAUGAUAGGAGAAAGAGGAAGAGAAGAUACGAGGGUGAAGAUGGUGAAGUAAAGGAUGAUAAGAAGUAUAGGAGUCGAAGGAAUGAAGGUGAGACCGAUGACAGGAAAGACAGGAGGCGACGGGAAGAUGAUGAUGAAAAGGUGCAUAAAAGAAGGAGGGAUGAACAUGGAUACAGGGAUAGGGUUGAUCGAUAUAAUGAUUGUAGAGAAGGGGAUAGGAAAGAGAGAAGGAGGGAUGUAGAAAGAGAAAAGAGGGAAACAGUUGAAGAUGAUAAGCACGGAAAAGAGAAAAAUAGGAAAGAUAAUGCAAAAGAGGAUGGGGCUUUUAAAGCCAAUGAGGAUUCCAAGGUGCAAAAGCAAGAUGGUAAUUUGAGUACAGACUUAGUAGCAAAGAUGGGCAGGAGUGGGGGUGUUUACAUUCCGCCGUUCAAAUUGGCUAGGAUGAUGAAGGAUGUUGAGGACAAGAGCAGUGUUGAGUACCAGAGGAUGACUUGGGAUGCUCUGAGGAAAAGUAUUAAUGGGCUGGUGAAUAAAGUUAACGCUGCGAACCUCAAAAACAUUAUUCCAGAGUUGUUUGCGGAGAAUUUGAUUCGCGGGAGGGGUCUGUUCUGUAGAUCCUGUAUGAAGUCCCAAAUGGCUUCUCCAGGUUUUACUGAUGUGUUUGCUGCUUUGGUAGCUGUUGUUAACACCAAGUUUCCAGAAGUGGGUGAUCUGUUGCUAAGAAGGAUCAUACUGCAGCUGCAAAGAGCUUAUAAACGUAAUGAUAAGCCUCAACUGUUAGCAGCUGUCAAAUUUAUUGCUCACCUUGUAAACCAGCAAAUUGUUCACGAGCUUAUUGCUCUCGAACUACUUACAGUUUUGUUGGAGAAACCUACUGAUGAUAGUGUUGAGGUUGCAGUUGGUUUUGUUACAGAGUGCGGUUCAAUGCUUCAGGAUCUAUGUCCGCGAGGUUUGCAUGGAAUAUUUGAGCGGUUCCGUGGUAUACUUCAUGAAGGAGAAAUAGAUAAACGGGUUCAGUUCUUAAUUGAAAGCCUUUUUGCAUUGCGAAAAGCAAAGUUUCAGGGUUACCCUGCCGUGCGUCCAGAGCUUGACCUUGUUGAGCAGGAAGAUCAAUUAACCCAUGAAGUCUCUCUAUCGGAAACAAUAGAUCCAGAAAUUUCUUUAGAUAUUUUCAAGCCGGAUCCUAAUUUCUUAGAAAACGAAAGGAAGUAUGAAGAAUUAAAGAAGGCAAUACUUGGUGACGAAUCCGAGGAAGAAGGAGACUCCGAUGCAGAAUCAGAGGAUGACGAUGAUGAAGAUGAAGAUAGUGAAGAAGAGGACGAGGAGCAAAUGAAAAUAAAGGACGAAACAGAGACAAACUUAAUCAACCUUCGGAGAACAAUCUACCUGACGAUUAUGUCUAGUGUUGACUUUGAAGAAGCAGGACAUAAGCUGUUGAAAAUCAAACUAGAGCCUGGUCAGGAGAUGGAGUUGUGCAUAAUGUUAUUGGAGUGCUGCAGUCAGGAGAGGACUUAUCUUCGCUACUAUGGACUACUGGGACAGCGUUUUUGCAUGAUCAACAGAAUUCAUCAGGAAAACUUUGAAAAAUGUUUUGUGCAGCAGUACUCCAUGAUCCACCGGCUUGAAACUAAUAAACUGCGUAAUGUGGCCAAGUUUUUUGCUCAUUUGCUCGGGACUGAUGCUCUGCCUUGGCAUUGUUUGGCUUAUAUACGGCUGACAGAGGAGGACACGACAUCCUCUUCUCGUAUCUUUAUCAAGAUCCUAUUCCAGGAGUUGUCGGAGCACCUAGGUAUCCGCUUGUUGAAUGAGCGUCUUAACGACCCCACUAUGCAAGAUUCCUUGGAGUCUAUUUUCCCGAAAGAUAAUCCCAAGAAUACAAGGUUUGCCAUCAACUUUUUCACUUCUAUCGGUCUGGGUGGAAUCACCGAAAAUCUGCGAGAGUAUCUCAAGAACAUGCCAAGGCUUAUCAUGCAACAACAGAAGCCUGUUUCUGAAUCAGAUGAGUCUGGGAGCUCAUCUGAUUCUGAAUCUUCAGGAUCUGAGUCAGAAUCAACGUCAUCUUCCAGUUCUGGGGAAAGUGAUGAUAGUCGAAAGAAGCGGAGAAGAAGGAGAAGAUAGAGACCUUAGACUGCUCGGCAAUCUGAAUACGGAUGACUAUUUUGAUUGAGAACUAGUUAGUAAGUGUUGUUAUUCUCAGAAAACUAGAUUUUUGCUUGCUUGCUUUGUAUGUUUAAUCCACUACAAUUUGUGCAGUUUCAGUUUUGGCUAGUUGAACCUUGUACAAUUUUUUCUCGUCUCUUUCCGUGUUGGUCUGCGAGUACAGGCCUGAACUUGUUUGUUUAUCAUGUAUUGGGAACCUUGAGAAUGUUAAACUGAUUAUGCCCGACUGUUAUGUUGGAAAUAGGCAGUAGAGUGGAAUAAAUGAGUGAGAUUUUCGUCAAUCUGAGUUUAUAAGGAUAUGCAUUUCAACGA